AUGGCGUUUUCGUCAGUCUUCCAGAAUGAGGUGUUCCUCCUCAGCCCAACCCUCUCCUCCGACAUUCGAGACCGCUUAUAUCGAGUCAUCAUGGCGGGAGGCGGCACGGUCAUCAGCGACGCGUCACGCCACGCGUCGCCAAUAAUCGUGAAAGCCCACGGCAGCGCGGACCAAUCACACUCAUUAUCGCAUCCGUCGCAUCGCGUCGUCUCGGCGCAUUGGGUGUACAGGUCGCAUCAAGAGAAUCGCUUAAUCGACCCUUCCUCCCAUCUCGUUCUCCGUCCCCUCCCCUGCACGAUCCCCCUCCCGGGAAUCCAAUCCUACCAAUUCUGCGUCUCGCUUUACGGCGGCACGCGGCGCACUAACAUCCUCUGUCUCUGCGUCGCGCUCGGGGCAAACCCGACGGAGAAACUGGACCGUCGGAUCUCGCAUCUCGUCUGCUCGGCGGCUUCCGGAGAAAAGUACGAGCGCGCGAUGCAGUGGGGUAACGUGGCGGUGGUUACCGAGGAGUGGCUGCACGCGUGCGUGCGAGCCAAUGGGAUCGUGCCAACUGGACCGUUUCACCCUCCGCCGCUGAGUCUGAGCCAGCUGGAGGGGGGGCGGUUUCCCGUCACCCAGGGGGGUGUGCAAGUUGUACGGAGGGGAGAGGCUGCGGGGACAGGGGAGGCUUCGGCAACGGGAGAGGCCGCAGGGCGGGGAGAAGCCGCUGGGAGGGGAGAAGCCGCGGGGAGGGGAGAAGCCGCGGGGAGGGGAGAAGCCGCGGGGAGGGGAGAAGCCGCGGGGAGGGGAGAAGCCGCGGGGAGGGGGGAAGCCGCGGGGAGGGGAGAAGCCGCGAGGAGGGGAGAAGCCGCGGGGAGGGGAGAAGCCGCGGGGAGGGGAGAAGCCGCGGGGAGGGGAGAAGCCGCGGGGAGGGGAGAAGCCGCGGGGAGGGGAGAAGCCGGGGGGAGGGAAGGAGCCGCGGGGAGUACAGAGGCUGCGGGGGAGGGAGAGGCUGCGGGUGAGCGGAAGGCUGAGGGAAAGAUUUGGGGGAAGUUGGAGUUUCUGGGGCGAGGGGACGGCGCGGGGACUGGUGAACUCUCACGUGGAGGGGAGUUCACAGGGGUGCCGGCAGCAGGGAACGUUGCAGGGGCACGAUGGGAAGACUCAGGGGUAGCAAGGGUAGGAGAGGUAAGAGAUGCUGUGAAAGCAGUCACGACAGUGGCGGAUGAAGGAAAGGGAUGGAAGGAGCCGGAUCAAAUGGAGUGGAUGGCGAAAAGAGGGCUAAAUGAGUGGCUGGCAGGGCGUAAUGGGGUUACCAGAGACAGUGAUAGGGGUGAUGGGGCAGUGCGUGAGUGGAAAGGAGAUAAUGGGGUUAUGGUAAGCGACAGGAAUGACGGGGGUGCGCAGGAGAGGAAUCAAAAGAAUCGGGAGAAUGAGGAGAGAGAGGAGAAUGAGGCGAAUGAGGGGAAUGAGGAAAACGAGGGGAACAUGAGGAAGAGAGCAAGGCAGAUGGAGGAAAAGAGAGCCUUUGGAGAAGAGAGAGGAGCUAGGAGGGCGGUGGGGGAUGGUGAGGUGGUGGGUGCGGAAGAGAGUCGAUUCGUCGACCCAGCCCAUCCCGUUGCUCCUGCUGCCUGUGCGUCCGCCCCUGGCGUAUACACUUCUGUUGACGCCCCCGCUACUUCUACUGCCGCCGCUGCUUCUGCUGUGGUUGGUGAGGAGGAUGGCACUGGGAGAGGGGGGCGUAGGAAGCGAAGUGGAGAAUCGAGGCAGAGGGAUGAGGACGUGGGGCAGGGCAAUCUUUGUAACAGUGCUGAAGGUAAAGUAGGGGUUGAUGCAGUGGGGGGGGAUGGAGGAGAGGGCAAUGGAGCAGGGGGGGAUGGAGCAGAGGGAGAUGCGAUGGGUGCUGCCGAUGAAUCCGGCAAUGAGGGGGAUUUGGCGUCUGCCAUUGAGACUCUUAUCACCUCCACCUCGGGGAUGCGCGGAGAGAGGGCGCUUUCCACUCUUUACCCCGAAAAUGGCAGGAGCUUCCACAGCAGUAGCCAGGGGAGUCACAGGGGUGUCGUGGCAACAGCGUCUGUUGACCCAGCCAAGGGAACUUCUCGGAAGGUUCCGCUUUCUCAGAUUAAGGGGCAGGCGCUUGUGCUGUCGCAUCAGGUCCGGGGAAGGAAUGGGAUGGGCGUGGGGACGGGGUUUGGAGCUGGGUUGGGAGCGGUGCUCACAGGUAAGGUGCACGAUGGGAGCAGAGAGCAGCAUGAGAGGCAGAAUGGGGUUACUCGCCCACAGGGAUGGGAUAAGGCCUGCAACAAGUUGACUGGAGGUGGAAAGGACUCUAUGGAUACAGCAGACGAGGAGGUUUCAAAGAGUGGUCCUAGUGGGACACGUGUUAAUGACACGGGGGUGAGGGAUGUUUCUGGGAUGGAUAGUGCUGAGAUGGAUCUGCUUCUGAUGACCCAGCCAGCUUCGGAGGUGGUUUCAUACUCCUGCCGUGACGGGCACAGGGAAGCGGUGAUAGCACAGGUGAAGGAGCAUGUGAGGAGGAUCAAGAGCAGCGGCGGGAGUGGCAGCGUCUGUGGGAGUGGUUCUGGAGGGGGAGGGGCAGCAGGGGCAGGAGGGAGGGCGUGGAGGGAUGCGGCUGGAGUGUUUCCGUAUCUUCAGGGAUUGCUACGAGUAGCAGAUGCCACUGCAGAGCUUCCAGCGAACGCACAGAUUUCGAUUCCUGGCAUUGGCGACGUCACCGUUGGCAACGGCACGAUAACACUUCCAGGCGGUACUACUAUUGGCCCGAAUGGCACGAGCAUUGGCGGCGGUAGCGGCGCUGGCGGCAUCACUACCACCCCUGACGGGGGUGUGACCAUUGGUACCACCACGUUCUAUCCAAACGGCUCGUAUGUUACCGGCGACGGCCAAGUAGUCAACUCACCAGUUCCAACCACAAACCCUGACGGAUCUUAUUCGCUUGGCGGGACCACCUUCUAUCCCAACGGGACAAUCGUCGGCUCUGAUGGGAAAGUUGUCAACACUGGCGGGUUGCCGAUCCCUGGGUUCAACAACUCCGGCGGGGGGAUCCAGAUGCCAGGCAUGCCGAAUGUGUCGAUGCCAGGCAUGCCAAAUGUGUCGAUCCCAGGCAUGCCAAAUGUGUCGAUCCCAGGCAUGCCAAAUGUGUCGAUCCCAGGCAUGCCAAAUGUGUCGAUCCCAGGCAUGCCGAAUGUGUCGAUCCCAGGCAUGCCGAAUGUGUCGAUCCCAGGUAUCCCCUCCUUCAAUGGUAGUUCCGGCGGCGUCACUACCAACCCUGACGGGAGUGUGACCAUUGGUAACACCAAGAUUUAUCCCAACGGCACGUAUGUCACCAGCGACGGUCAAGUAGUCAACCCACCCAUUCCAUCCAAAAACCCUGACGGAUCUGUAACGAUUGGCGGCUUAAACUUCUUUUCCAAUGGGACAGUCAUUGGCUCUGAUGGGAAGCCUGUUACUCCUGGCGGGUUGCCGAUCCCUGGGUUCAACAUCUCCGGCGGAGGGAUCCAGAUCCCAGGCUUCACGCCAAGUCCCCCUCCCCCUCCUCCACCCAAGCCUGCUGGUUUCAUUGCAACACCUGCUCGCCUGGUGACUGGGUUCAUCUCAUUGCUCGCCACUAUGCUCUUCUUUGCAUGA